AUGUCUUUGGCUCAUUUAGGAAGCUAUCAAGUGGUUUUCACAAUGCAUGGAUCUAAAAAAAAACUUGUUCUUUCAUUUAUGCCUACAACUUUUCUUGCAUUUGAUCUCUUACCAUUUGUUGUUUGUUCUUCCAAUGAAAACCACCUCACCAUUCCUCACAAAUACUUCAAUCAAGCUUCUAAUCACCACAAGGUGAUCAGUCCUCGUGUGAUGUUUGAGAUAAAGGUUCAUGGAAUUCUGUUGUGGGCUUCCAUGGGAUUCUUGAUGCCUCUUGGUGUACUCUUGAUAAGAAUGUUUAAUAAAGAAGGAUGCAGCCCCAGAAAGCUUAAAGUUAUAAUCUACAUUCAUGCUAUUCUACAGAUACUUGCGGUGCUUCUUGCAUUUGCAGCAGUAAUAUUGUCUAUAUUGAGUUUCGAGAAUUCUUUCGGCAAUGCUCACCAGAGAAUAGGAUUGGCACUUUAUGCUGCCAUCUUGGUACAAAUCUUGGCCGGGCUUCGCAGGCCUAAGAGAGGAACCAAAGGGAGAACAUUCUGGUAUGUUUUCCACUGGAUAUUUGGAACAGCAAUUUCAUUAGUUGGGAUUUUGAACACCUAUACAGGUCUAAAAGCAUAUCACAGAAGGACGUCGAUGAGUGCACGGGUUUGGAGUAUACUUUUCACAGUUGAGGUGUCACUCAUGGCUUUUUUCUACCUUUUUCAAGAAAAAUGGGAUUACAUGCAUAAACAAGGAGAAAAUACAGGUGAUGAACCAGUCAUGGUGAUCUUUUCUGAUCAUGUGGAUAAUAUUCGAAAGGAAGUGUUGCCACCUCAACCAUCAAGAAAGAGUAAUUCAUUAGGGAAUUACUUUGCCAAAAACAAUGCCUUGAAUAAGUUGUUUCAAGCAACGUAAAUACGUAAAAGUAUUUUCUCUUCGGCUUUUAUGUAUAUCAUUUACGCUUGCAAUCAUCUCGAUGAUAUUAUGUGAUUUUGGUAGUGUGUUUUUGUACAUUUUGGAUAGAGGAUGUGAAACUAGCUAGGAAGAAUAACUCUUUCUUUUUUGUCUUAUAUAUGAAAUUAAAGUUA